AUGUCGGUGAUAUCACUUUUCGUAAAAGAAGCUGAGAUGGCCGAUCUGUGGAGAAUCGAUUUAAUGGGAAUCAAAGAUCCCAUUGAGAAGAAAUUGAAAAGGAAAAAAGAUUGUGAAGCACAGGAACAUUUUCUUAAGACGGUAACGGUCAAUGAUCAAGGAAGGUACGAAAUCCGUUUACCAUGGCUGGAAAACGAAUCUUUCUUACCCAAUAACUUUAACUUGGCAAAGAGGAGAUUAGAACGGACCAUAGUUCAAUUGAAAUCGAAGAAAAUUUAUGAUGAUCAUGAAAAGGUCUUCAAAAGCUGGCUUGAAGAAAAAACCAUCGAAGAAGUACCCUCUAAUGAAACUGACUUACCAGGAAAUUACUUGCCACAUGGAGCUGUAAUAAAAGAAAGCAGCACCACCCCAAUAAGGCCGGUAUUCGAUGCUACUGCCCGUAUGAAGGGACACCCUUCAUUAAAGACUGUUUACACAGCGGUCCUAACUUAA